AAAGAGGGCGGCGGCCGUUAUCACCUAAAUUGACUCGCACCAUUUCUGGCAGGGAUACGACAAGGAAAAGAAAAUUUAAAUCUGGGUUAAAGAAAUGGCUCCACAACCCGUGGUCACUGGAUUAUCGCCCAAAGAAGGCCCUCCUGGUACUCGAGUUAUUAUACGAGGAGAAUUUUUGGGAACUGAAUCCAUUGAUUUAAUUGGUCUGAAAAUAUGUGGCUCCGACUGCUUGCUUUCUGCUGAAUGGGUUUCGCCAAAUAAAAUUAUAGCCCGUACGGGUCCUGCUAAAGGUCUGGGAGACAUCAUUGUGACAACCCGUAGUGGAGGUGAAGGCACGUCCUCUGUGCAAUUUCGGGCAAUUGGAAAUCACGAGAUUAUUGGUCCCCUAAAAGAAUCGGCUGUUUGGAUUGAAGAGGCACCUACACAAAACUUUGCCUGGGGUCGCAGAACAUUAGUUCAGUCGGUGCUCACACAAGAAGACCCUUUAGGUCUUUCCACAGAAGGAAAUGAACAAAAAAAUGUCGACAAUUUACGGGAGUUAUUUCCAAGUUCUAGUGGGGAUCUUCUCCAGGAGAAUUUCUCUCCCGCUCUUUUUCUAUUAGAGAAACACUCGGCAACAACAUUUGCAGACUUAAAAGUUGGACUAAAACAUUUAAACCGGAAAGUAGAGAGUCAAAAAGAGGGUCAACUGUCAUUUUUAAAAUCGAAUGCAGGUUCCGUCAUCGAUCAGUUAGACACCAUGAUGAAUAUCCGUGAUAAGUUGCUGGAGGACUUGAAUCAGUACGGUCCUGAACCGCUUAAUGUAUUGGAACAACAAAUUGAAAACUCAAUUUCAAAGUCGGAGGACAUAUUUACGGAUGUUCUAGUGCGCAAGGAAAAAGCAGAUUCUACGCGAGCAGUUUUGUUGGCCUUGUCGCGUCACAAAUUUCUUUUUUGUUUGCCCAACUCAGUUGAAAAGAAGGCUGCAGCUGGGGAGUAUGAUAUAGUGGUCAACGACUAUGCCAGAGCAAAAAGUCGUUUUGGAAAAACAGAGAUUCCCAUUUUCCGUACGGUUAUGGAAGAAGUGGAUCAUCGCAUUUUGCAAAUUCGUAAACAACUUCAUGAGAAAGUUAUUAAAAUGCCGCAAAGUGUGGAACAACAACGCAAACUUAUCAAAGCUCUGAUUAGUUUGGAAGUUCAACAAUCUGGAUCCAAUAUCAAUGAUAAGUUGCGAAAUGCCGAUCCUGCUUGGGACGCCAUAGAUGCGAGGGCAAAAUACCUGGAACAGACGUUUAAGCAGACAUUUGAGCAGUAUGCCUCAAAAGAUGCCCAAGGCGCAGAAAAAAGUAAAAAUCGGGACCCAUCCCAACCACCCAAUAGAGUUGCAUUUUGUGAGGAAAUUUGUGAGAUAGCUGCUUCACAAUUACCCGAUCUUUGGCGUUUGGGUCAGAUGUAUUUUACAGGAGAACUACGAGGUCCAAAUGAUCCACGUCCUGGAGAUUUUAAGAGAAUGAUUUUAAAUGCGAUAGAAAAAUUUUGUAUAUAUCUAAAAAUCGCAAUGUGCACUACAGAUGCUGAAGCACGGUCUUUGCGUCAAAGUGUGGGACUUAUAUGGCCCAUUUCUCAUGGUUCCCAUGACAUUUUUAAAGCUUGGCUUCCGCAAUGUUUACGAUAUACCCGUAUAACCUAUGCGACAUUGAUAAGUUUAGAUUUACCAUCUUCAGCCUUGGAUAUUGUUCAAAAGUUCAUCGACGAAACACGGUUACAUUGUUUUUCCAAUAUCUUUGAAAGAGCUACGCAGAAAUGCAGUAAAUUAACUGAUUUGGAGACAUGGGAAAUGGGCGUAGAAGAUUUUCCGGGUGCUACCUUGCUGCCCCAGCGCUUAGAAGACUUAUUAAUAGAGACUCUAGAUGAAGCCCAACAAGCCUGUAUUAAUCCUGAAAUAAGGGAGGGCAAUCUUUUAGAAACGGAAUCUGAUGGACAACGAGAAGUUUCGUUGCGUUUACAAAAAAUGUUAUUAUGUUUUUGCGAUGUGAUUCAGGAACUGGCUUUUAAUUCACACAAAGAAGAAACCCCAACUCACAAUGUGUCGCAAUUGUUGGGCUAUCCCAAUAAUCAGAGUAGCGGACCUGCCUCAGGAAGAUUUGCCAGUCUUUCCCCUUCCACGGCCAUAACCUGGGAACAACGAAUGUUGUGCUGUUUAGCUAAUUGUGCCUAUUGCAACAAGAGCUUCUUCCAUAGAGUAGGCAAACUUUUCGAAAGGUACGGUUAUCCAUUACCAUCCCUGGCAAUUGAAACUGCGCGAUAUUCAGUUAACAAAUUAUUUUCCAAUAUUUUGGAUGCAUAUGUAGAGCAUAAAGGCGAUCCUUUGGUUGGAACAAUUGAGCCCUCCAUGUACUUGGGUGGAUUUCAAUGGGAUAUUGAAAUGCCCAUUGGAAACUUGCGUCCCUAUGCCCAUGAAUGUUGUGAUAAUUUAGUAGCUGUUUAUUCCGAAAUAUACACUAUAUCACCGGCCUUGCUACGAUCUAUUUUGGAACCGAUUGUAUUAACGAUAUCGGAAGAAUUAGCCCGUCUUAUGAGUUGUGUUCCACAAUUCAGUUACUCUGGUGCCAUACAGGCAAAUGUUGAUAUACGUUUGUUGAGAGAUACCAUGCGUAUUUAUACCAACGAAACGGGGAGAAACUAUUUCCUGGAAGCUCUGGAAGCAAUCAAUCCUCCAUUAAAUGCUGAACAAAUGAAACAGGCUGACGAAAUUUUGGAACAUGUGAAGGAACGAAUGAAAUUACAAUUGAUGUGUUUCUUUGUAAAAGAACCAUAACGAGUUAUUUUGAAUCUACCAUUGUGCAAUUUCAAAUAUAUUCCAUUUAUAGUACUCUAUAUAUGUGUGUGUGCUCUGCUCCCAACAAAUAUUUAUAUAAUACACAGUAUUUCAUUUUUUAUCGAAAAUA